UACGGUGGCUCUCGCAGCAAAGAAGGUCGGCGCAGCUUUAUCUACGGAUUAUUGUGGUUUACAAAAGUUUAUACUAAUAACAAGUUAGAAAGUUUCACAAAUCGUGCAUUUUAUGGUGCUAUUCUCCUUCUUUAUUCACGUCUAAAAGCGCGAGCAGCAUUUACGGACCCUAAUCCUACGUUUUUCAAAUUGCCGUACGCGGACUGUUCACCUCCAGAGCCACCGAGAUGACCUCUGUCUCAUUUCGCCUUGGAAAGGCAGCUUUUCAUCUACCGGUUAGGUCAUUGUCCACCACGGCAAGUUUGAACCGGGAUGGAUCCGAAUCCUGGCUUAGCAAGCUACUGGUUCGCAAAAUUGAACCGACCAAAGAGUCGCACAGCCGGAUGCUGAGCGAUAAGGAAAUCAUCUACGAGCUUCACACGCACAAUGUCCGACCGGAUUCGGUUGGAAAAUAUCUGGACAAUUAUAAAAAGUCAGUCGAAAUUGUUUCAUCUAAAAAGAAUCUGACCAUCGAACUGAUCGGAUCAUGGAGCGUAGACGUUGGCGAUCUCGACCAAUGUCUGCAUCUUUGGCGUUACACUGGUGGCUUUGAGAUGGUCGAUCAAAGCAAGACCGUGCUGGGUAGCGAUCCGGAUUACGUUAAACUAACCCAAGAGCGAGGAACAUUUCUGCGCUCUCGCCAUCUGCAGUAUCUGCUGGCAUUUAGUUACUGGCCUCAGUUGGCGCUGCGCCAAGAUAAGAACAUUUAUGAGAUCCGUUCGUACCGUUUGAAGCCGGGAACCAUGAUCGAAUGGGGCAACAACUGGGCCCGAGCCAUUAACUACCGCAAGAACAACGACGAAGCAUUUGCUGGUUUCUUUUCGCAAAUCGGACGUUUGUACAACGUGCAUCAUAUUUGGUGUUACAAGGAUCUUUUGUCCCGAAAGGAAACGCGUGAAUCAGCCUGGAGAUCGCCAGGGUGGGAUGAAUGUGUCGCCUACACAGUUCCGCUAAUCCGCGAAAUGCACUGCCGAAUUCUGAUCCCAACAGAAUUUUCACCCACUCAAUAAAAGGAACAGAUAUUCGAAACCAAACAUACAUUUAAAACAAUUGGUUGGCAUACUAAUUCACCACUUUUGUUUUACCAGAAUCGGGCUUAAAGCGUUUUGUUAAGUUUAUCGAAAAAAAAUUUGAAAAAUGAAAAGUUUCUUAAAAUUUAUUUUUCAAAGUAUCUACUUGUACGGCAUUUUUCGUGAAACGAUAAUAAAAUAGUGCAUAAGGCACAGCAUUUUCACGUUUAA